AUGCUUGCUAAUCCCCGAACAGUCUCUGCAACGUUUGCAUUCGGUGUUACUGAAGGUAAUGUGGGUGUAUCGCUGCCCUCACAGCUAAUUAUUACUUCUCGCACACACAAGGAUUCGACUCCUAUCUUAGUUUCGCAAGUCAAGGUUGCGUUUGAAGGAGGUCUGAGGAGCUUCAACAUCCAGCAUGAGUUGACCGAAAAACCCGAGGCUAGCACGUCUGAUGGGCUGGCGCACCUUCAUCGCAUUUCCCUACAAAAGGCUUCUUCAGAUGCUACAUCAUUACCCUCAAGUCCGAAUUUCUCUCCAGGCUCCCAGCCACUGAUCGGGGUUGCUGAUCUAGAAAUUGCCCCUGGCGUCACGAAAGCCCUGUCGCUUGAUCAUGUACCGCGUGAUCCUGGAGACGUUGAGGUUGCAAGCAUCACUCUGUGCAUGUCUGUAGUUGACUUCGAUAUGGAGGUCGUCAUCACUGAACAGGAACAAAUUCAUCAAGAAACUCUCUGGGUUAAAAGUCCAUUAGGCUUGUUGCCAAAGAAAGCCAAGGUUGGACGCAGUAGCGUCGUGAAAAUCUUGCCCAAGCCGCCUAAAAUGCAGAUUCAAGCCCUCGGCCUGUCACCGAAUUACUUCACUGACGAGGACAUCACUAUAGAGAUAGAAGCUACGAACGAAGAGGAAGAAGAAACCAAUGUCAGCAUUGACGCCCGACUUCUAGCACCUUCAGGGAUAUUACCGACGCUGAGAUGGGCUUUGGAUGAAGGAGAGGACUCCAGAGAGGUCGCCCCAGAGGAUCCGCCGGAUCCCAGCAGUAUUGACUCUUCUUCGAAAAGCAUCGGCAAUCUAGCUCCCAUGGCGAAUCGAAGACAUACACUCUGCAUUCAAGGGUCACCAGUUGCGGCGGACUAUAUUCUGGAAGUCAAAGCGCGUUAUCACGUUCUUUCCGACCCAGAAACACCGAUCAUCAAAAGUUUCUCAACUAAAAUCGGAGUCGUGACGCCAUUCAAGGCAAAUCAUAGUUUCCUGCCUAGGAUUCAUUGUGAACCGUGGCCGAGUUACUUCAACGCUGACGGCCUUGAUGAGAACUCCAAGAAUGAUGCGGGCGAGAUGGAGGUCGCGAAGGGACUGACUCAAGAAUGGUCUUUGACUUCGAGAAUUGCGUCUUUGGCUAAUGUUUCUUUAAUGAUCCAGAGUGUUGAACCACAAGUAGUCGAGAUCCACGAAGGAGCCAUUUGUAGUAUCUCUUCGGCUUCUGGGGAUACUGUUGCAGCGUCCAUGAUCUCGCCCAAUGAUUUUCAGGCGCACGAUUUUGUCAUCCUUGCGCAAAAAUCAGACCUGGAAGACCGUCGAUCUACCUUCGUCGAUCUACGAUUGGAAAUCAAGUGGCAUCGAGACGGCUUCCAGGGCCCUCCAGUAGUCACCCACCUUUCUGUGCCAGAACUGGUCAUACCGUUUGGCGAGCCUCGAGUGCUAGCAUCCGCGCGGAGUGGGAACGUCCCAGCAGGAGCGAUAAAUCUCGAUUAUGUCAUAGAAAACCCUUCGAUGUACGCGCUCCCAUUUCAAUUGACCAUGGAUAUCAGCGAGGAGUUUGCAUUCAGUGGGCCCAAAAAUGUCACCUUACAAUUGGUGCCGCUCAGCCGGCAUAAUAUUCGAUACGUUAUCUUGCCGCACGUGAAGGGGUUGUGGAUUAGCCCUCAGUUCAGAGUCUUUGACACUCAUUUCCAGAAGAGCUUGAAGGUCAACGCCACUGAAGGAAUGAAAAGUGACAAAAAGGGAGUGUCGAUUUGGGUGGAUACCGAUAGCUGA